AUGACUUACGUUGGCUCGGGAGAUGACAAUGACCCGUUUAUUGUCGGCGUGACUUCACUAGCAAUAUUCGACAGUUGUAUUCGCUUCAGUACGGGUGAUGCUCGUGUCCUGUUCCAUGCUGACGCAACCUUUAAGCUGAGUGAUAUUGGGUACCCCGUGAUAACCUGCGGGUUCACCGACCAAGCCAGGAGAUACCAAGUCGGAGCUUUCUUCGUGGUGAGUCGCCGCGCCGAGCAUGAGUACACGGAGUGCUUCAGGGCUUUUGUGGAGUUAGUGCGCAGUCUUCGAGGGAUUUCUAUUCGCUGUGAUUUUACAAUGAGCGAUGCGGAGGAUUCUCAGUUUCUCGCACUACAAAAUGUACCAACCUUCCAGCACGCCACGAAGUUGAUGUGUUUUUUUCAUGUCCUGUACAAUGUACGGAAACGUACACAGCACCUGCCGCUUGAUGAUCGGAAGAAGUUGAUGAUUGCGAUCAUGGAUAUGCACUUUUCGCGCAGCCUAACGGAGUACGAGUACUGUCGGGAUGUCAGCCUUGCUGAGUGGAAAGAAACCACGCAUCUGACGGAGUUCGCAGAGUAUUUUGAUCAGCAGUGGCUGAAAGGGAGAUACUGGAGGUGGCAGGUCUUUCAUACUCCGGAGGGGUAUGCCACCACCACCAACCCGUGCGAAAAUCUCAACGGAGGUCUAAAACACUUUCUUCAGCGGCGUCGCUACGACAUGCGUAGACUGCUAUUAAAAAUUUGUGAUUUUGUUGAGUCCAUCACUCCUCUACACCCGGUUCCGGCAGACUUCAUUCCUCAGCCUACAACGGACUUGUCGAAGGCAGCAGCGGCUUUCUGGAAACAUCUCGGCUAUUAA